UUAGUCGCUUUGCAUGCACGAACUGUGUCUCUCUCAAGCCACGGUGUACCGAUCGAGAUUCCCAGAUAUUUUUCAUUGCUUUAUCGGCAUCACUGACGGGCGCUGUGAUAACCGGGACAGCUGAUAAAUUGUUAUUGUUCGAGAACGUUCGCAUUUUAUUAAUAAGAAAAAAAGAAAAAAUAGAGUAAGAUAUUCCAAUUCUCGUUACUUAGUGUUAGUAUUGUUUUGCAAUAUUUCCUUUCUACCCUAUUGAAGUAGUCAUGUCAAUCAAACAGAUGCGUUUUUAAGCAGUUGAUAAUUAGUUAUUUAGUUAUGUUCAGUUAUUGUUUUGUAAGCCACCAGUAAGACUACAUUCGAAUUUCGUCGUCUGCUGCAUUGUUUCACGGUUUCAAAUCUACUCGUAAGGUUUGAUAGAUUCAAUACAUUCCAUUAAUAAUUAUCAGACGAUAGUAAAGAAUUUUUAUUUCCGCUCUAAAUUUAAUUGUAUUUUAACCAUGCCCUACGACUUCUCGUUUUUUUUCUACAAUGUUGGUGAUCAACUUGCAUAGGUUGUGAACAAUUUGAUCGUUCUCAAUAUUAUGAACCAAACCGAGCGUAAUCUAAUUCCGAUCAAGUUCAAGCACAAAGAGGAACGGGUCCCAGAAUCUCUGUUCUGCCUGUGUCUGAAGUAUGUGGCACGGAACUUGGACACACUGUGUAAGGAAAUGCCUGAUGGUUAUAUACUGCAUGAUGGAUUAGCUCUUCCGAGUGAGAUAUGUGAACCGUUCAUCGAGACUUAUCAGAACAAUGGUGGGGAGAUUUUUGACAGAUUUGCUCAUCUUUUCAAAGAUGUUACUAGGACGAACCUGAGAUCAGUGCACAUAAGUAAUUCGAGUAUUACAGAUAAUGGCCUUGAGUACCUGUUGUGUCACGAACUAAAUGAACUAUCACUCAUUAAUUGUCAGAAUCUCACGAUCAAGUCAUACGUGAAUAUAUUUCAACAUGCUGCUAACCUUCGUUCGUUGACCAUUGGUCCAAAUGUACAAAUAACUCCUUUUAACAAGCCGUCAGACAUUGAACUAAUUCCGGAAAAACUCCUUCCCUCAACAAUCUACAAGGAGGCGCCUAAUCUUAAACAUUUUGUAUUGCGAGCAAUCUCAGAAACGCCGUUUUCCGUUGAUAAUGUAUACCUGGAAGCCAUGGUUAACAAGUUUAUACAUCUGAGAGUCUUAGACCUAUCAUACUGCUUAGGUAUUGGCAAUCUGCAGUGUGUGUGUAGGCUCACUAGCUUGCAUACUUUGAUAUUGUUCGAUGUGCCUCAUUUGCAAAAUAAUGACGCAAUACUUAGUGUUUGUGCAUUACGUACAUUGGUUGUUUUAGAUGUUUCACAAACUGAGACUUUCCCAGAUCAAGGUGUUUACAAUGAUGAAAACAGAGUUUUAUCAUUACUUAUGCAUUGUCUACCAAAUCUUAUGUCUUUAGAUAUAUCUGGCACAAAUUUGGCUGGAAAAGGUACUGCAGAACAUUCUAUGUGCGAGUCAUUGAGUGGCAAGAAGUCAGAUAUUCCUGGUUUAGAGAGUCGAGUAGACAAUCCUUUAGAAUUUUUAGGUUUAUAUCAUACUCAGCACAAUGCUUGCAGGCGGCAUGAUAUUCCUGCAAAAAUUAUCAGUGGUGAUGCUAGCGAAGAACAGAUCUUUAAUGCUGCUGCUUCAUGUAUGGACAAACCAAAACUACUUCAAAACAUUUUAAAUGAUCUUUACCACUUGUUGAGGUAUGACCAGUGUACACAAAUUGAUCGAGCUCUUGACAUAGUAUUAGAAGCUCUUACCAGAUACGUCAAAGAAAAACUAAUCCAAAUUUCUGGGAGUGCAACUCUAUUUUAUAUUGUGAAAAAUAAAGAUCGACCAUUACUAUUAAACGAUAUAACAGUUAAACGACGAAUUAUUACAACACUAUUAACUGGAAUGGAUUACCAUAACUAUGAUGAAACAAUGAUGCGGAAUGGAUGUUUGACUUUAUGUCAAUUGAGAAUACCUCAAGAUGUGAUGUUUGAGUUUAAACGUUUAGUUCAAAUGUUACUACAUAUUGUAUCCACUAGUGACCAUGAAGGGUUUGUACAGAGAAUCGGUAUUUAUUUACUAAACUCAGUUGCAUGUCAAGUGAACAACAAGCAAAAAAAUGAACUUGGAGAUGCUGGUGCAAUUAAGAAAAUGAUGGCAAUAAUCAAAGAUAGACUUCAUCGAAGAGUUUGCGAUGAUGUUCUUGAAGUUGCUUGGUCAACAAUGUGGAAUGUAACAGAUGAAGCACCAAAGAAUUGUAAAAGGUUUCUAGAUGGAAAUGGAAUGAAAUACUUCCUUGGAUGUUUGACUACUUUCCCAGAUAAAAAUGAACUGAUGCGAAACAUGAUGGGUUUACUGGGUAAUGUUGCCGAAGUGAGUGAGUUACGAUCUAGACUUAUGCAAGGACAUUUUAUCAAAGUGUUUUCUGACCUUUUAUUUUCAACACAAGACGGAAUUGAGGUUAGUUAUAAUGCUGCGGGAGUAAUUGCACAUUUAGCAUCAGAUGGUCAAAAAUCAUGGGUUAUAAAAACACCAUCAAGAUAUAAAGUAUUAGAUCGUAUGACUAAAGCCAUACAAAAUUGGAACUUGGAUGCUGAUCGAAAUAUUAACUAUCGUUCCUUUGAGCCAAUAUUACAGCUUGCACAAGUUAGGCACACACCUCAGUGUGCUCAUUGGGCAGCAUGGGCUCUAGCAAACCUCACUAAAGUAUACCCUGAAAAAUACUGUUCAAUUGUGAUAGCUGAAGGUGGUUUGAGAAUCAUGAGUGAACUACUUGAAGAAAAUAGUCUACUUCAAGAUAAUCAGCCCCCCGGGGUUAUACAUAGUCUAGCUCAAACAGUCAUUAACCAAUGUCUGAUGUAUAUGAAAAACACUGUAGAAGAAUCAUCUCCGUGAAAAAUUUGUGAGAUUAUUAUUUUUCUUUUCUGUGUACCGCCCAGUACCUAUAAAUUCUACCAAAAUUGAAUGUUUAAUUUAUACAUUUAAACCUUAAUAUUUUUGAGAGAUGUAAUUUUAACUUUAUUGUAU